AAUGGUGUCCUACCCUUGAUAGGUCUUGUUAAUCUGAGAUGUGAUUAAUUCCAGGAGGUGACAGCGUCAGAAGAGGCAGCCCAGGUGUGAAGGACCCACUUGCCCAUACCUAUUUUUCCAAAACAGUCACCAUGGUCUGAGGACACUAGCCCCUCCCGUAGAGAGCCCAGACGUGAGCGUCACUGGCACUCUUGGCCUGCAGUUCCAUCGUUUCUAAUUCUUAAUAUUGCCCCCCGAAUGCGUGAAGUACAUUUCAAGGCUAAUGAGAUUUUAGGUAACAGAAGGCUUUAAACAGGAGCACCAUGCUCUGGAUUGUUUGAGCUGCAGGCACAGCUGCUCUUUGGCCUUCAGCUGACCUCAGAAACUAGAAAUACUUAUUUUAGACUUUGUCCCAUUGGCCACUGUGGGCAGGAGUGGAAAACACCUGCCAGGUGUUGCCAUAGAUUGACCCGGCCUACAGGAAACUUAACAAGUUUUGUGGGUUAAGAGAGCCCCGUCCCAGCCCUACCUUUCCUUGGCGUUAAAUCGACAGCAUGAGUUGAGCGCCCCCUGUGUGCGGAGCUGGGUAUCGGACAAACGGGUGGCGUUCAGCCCUUUCCUGGACGUUUACACAUUCUAUUGAGUGUUCACGACCACCCUCCUACUAGUACCUCUUGUUCCUCUUUUACAAAUGAUAAGACUAACUGACGAAGAGCACUGGUCCGUGACCUAGGACAUGUCCCUGUGGGUAACUGCCCUGUGACCUUGAGCAAGUUGCUUGCACAGCGGGAACUGACCCUGAGGUUUCUUUCCCGUUCGCACACGCGGCCCUGGUCAGGAUCACCAGUGUGCAGCCGCCGUUGGGACGGAGUCUCGAAACUUCCAGGCGUGAUUUACUACCGCCUUCGUUCCGAGGGGGAGGAAGGGAGCGGUUUGGAGCGCGCUACGCAACCCGACUCCUCCACAGAAAACCGGGGGGCCGGCUGUCAGGCCCCCCGCCUAAUCUCCAGGAUGAAGUCAACUACGGUGCCCCGGGAGGGUCUUUUCAUUCCUCGCGAAGGUUUCCCUUUCCGCCAGUCCCCCUCCCGUCACCGGAAGGAGCCGUUGCCCCGAGCAACCGUAACGUCUGCCUUUCCGAGUUUGGCGGCGGGAAAAGCCAUGAGUAAAGGCCGGGCAGAAGCUGCGGCCGGAGCCCCCGAGAUCCUCCUGAGGUACCUGCAGGAACAGAACCGGCCCUACAGCGCCCAGGAUGUGUUCGGGAACCUGCAGCGGGAACACGGAUUGGGCAAGGCGGCGGUGGUGAAGGCGCUGGAGCAGCUGGCCCAACAAGGCAAGAUCAAAGAGAAGAUGUAUGGCAAACAGAAGAUUUAUUUUGCGAACCAGGACCAGUUUGACAUGGUGAGUGAUGCCGACCUCCAAGGCCUGGACGCCAAAAUCGUGGCCCUCACUGCCAAGGUGCAGAGCUUGCAGCAGAGCUGCCGUCACAUGGAGGCUGAGCUGAAGGAGUUAACUAGUGCCCUGACCACACCGGAGAUGCAGAAGGAGAUCCAGGAGUUAAAGAAGGAAUGUGCUGGCUACACAGAAAGACUGAGGAACAUCAAAGCAGCCACCAACCAUGUGACCCCAGAAGAGAAAGAGCAGUCUAGGUGUACAGAGAGAAGCAGAAGUACUGCAAGGAGUGGAGGAAGCGCAAGAGGAUGGCAACAGAGCUGUGUGAUGCAAUCCUUGAAGGAUACGCCAAGAGCAAGAAGCAGUUCUUUGAGGAAGUUGGGAUAGAGACCGAUGAAGAUUACAGUGUCACUCUCCCAGACCCCUGAGAGCCCUUCUGGCAGGACUAGGGGAUGAGGACGGAGAUGUUCGGGCCGGCUUUUUGUUAUUUCUGCUGCUUUCCACCUUUGAGCA